UUAAAAAAUACUUACGAAUUAAGUGUGUUUAAAAUGGCUUUUAUAAGCCUAAUCCUAACGGCCCAGAGCCUUAUCAAACUGAAAAAAGCCCUAGAAGAAGAAAAACUCGAGUCCAUAAAAGCAAGCGAAGAUGUCCACGUGAAGAAAAAGUUCAAAUUCAGCCACAUCGGAGUGGAUAUCAAGGAAACCGUAAAAAAUUUCUUCAAAAAGCUCUUUAGGUGCUCAGAAAGCGCCCCGUGCUAUAAAACGUGCUAUAAAUUGGGGCAUGAGGGCAGUUGCGAAAAUUAUACUUUGAAGAGCAUACUCGGAUUCUUCGGAGGAGUUUUUCUCACUUAUUUCUGUUAUAUUUUGUUCAUUUUUCAGCUUAAUGUUAAGCUCACUAGUGCCACGUGGAUUUGCUCGUUUUUGGGUUGUAUUUUGACCGUUGGGUUAGCUUUUAGUUCUAAGGUUAGAUGUGUUGUUUUAUUGACGCUUCCUCAAUUUUUUUCAAAACGUGGCAGACAAGCGUUUUUGGCUUACGCCUUCGUUUUGGCGCUCACCGGUCCUGCGCAGAACACCUUAAAUAAUUUGGGUAUUCUGAGUGAGUCUUUGGCUUGUGGACAAGAACAAUUAAAACAAGCGGUAAGACAAAUUAUCGACGUGAUUAAAAAACCCUUUCUAGCAAUUAAAGAGGCAAUCAAGAAAGUGAUCAAAACGGUGAAGGAAGUUAUUAAGAAAAUUAAGGAGAUUUUGCUGAAGAUUAAAAGAGUUAUUAUGGCUUUAGUGCGAGUCAUUAAAUCCGUCUUCGAAUUUAUUGGUAGAAUCAUCAACAUUUGCAACAAAGAAUUGGGAACACCAUUCGAAAGGUGCAGCAGAGUUUUUGAAAACGCCAUUGCUGACUGUAACGCCAAACUGGGACCACUUUUCAACUGGUUAUGCUCCCUCACUUACAUAGUCAAAGCAGUUUGUUAUAUCGUCAAAAUUUUUGACUACGUUUGCAUGAUCGUUGAUUUUAUUAGCAACUCCGUAGUAGGGGUCAUAAUAAAAAAAGUAAAAAACUUCGUUCGUCAUAUUAAAACCAUGUUCUACGUAAGAAUAAAAUUCUCUCACUCCUUUAAAUUCCAAACUGUAGCGUCUAAAAGCAUUAAGGAUAUCGCCAAGGAGAUUGUGGCAGAAAUCAAAGAUAGAAGCAAAGGAGUUGUGGCUUUUUUUAAUAUCAUGACAUCUGCUAGCAUGAUGUUCUUUAUAUGGCUCAUAUUCCAGGUCGCAUACUAUAGAAUAAAGUAUAUGACCAGCGAGAAGUUUGAUAACAUUUACAUCACCCAUUACUUCAGGGAAAUUGACCAACGGAGGGCCAAAGUGGGCAAAGAAACUGUACUUCCUCUAACAAAAAAGGAGAAAACUAUUUAUGUACCAAUGAGCGGUUCCAGUUUGGCUCGUUCGGAAAAGCGGAGUCUUAAAAAAGCAGCUACAACCCUAGCUACAGCUUCGGUAAAACUAGCUACACAUAUGGCAGCUGACUACAGCUUAUACUGGAUUCUAACUCUGAUCUCUAAGCAUGCGAGAUAUCAGUCCAAAGUUCAAGCACCCAACUUGCCAAUGGCCCAUAUUACUGGAGAAGGCUUUUUAGCAAAACUGCUCAGAUCUAUAGUAAAUGCCUUCCAACCAGUGGGAAUCCAGUUGGAGAUUGAUACUGUCCCUUGCUUGCCUAUACCAAUACCUCCUGACUUAGACAGAUAUGCCCAAAUUGGAGUUACAAUAGUUCUUUGCUGGAUCCUGACUCUCUUGGAGCCAUAUGGGUUGAGACUAAGGAACUACAUUAUGGGGUACUACCACCCUAUAAGAGCUAAACAGAGGACCAUAUGGUUGUACAACCAUAUUUUAAGAUCCAGAAUCUCUUUCCUACUUAUGGCCAGAAGGAACUUCAGAAAAAAGUUUGGUAUGAAGGGAGGCUCCGAUGAAGUCGGAUGCAAGGACUGGUUAAGGUCCAGACUACCAUGUGCAAUUUUUAAAAUAUGCCUUGGAGAUGCACCUUUAACUUGCAUGCUUUGCGGUGAAAUUUACCGAGAGUCUAAGAAGAAACAAUUUAAGAAAUGUCACACCCCCAACUGUCCAGGGCUGUUCUGUCUGGAGUGCUUCGCAGACCUUAAUAAUAUAUGCCCGAUAUGCCUUAAACCUAUCGACUAUGGAGAUAUUGAUGAUAUAGAUGAAGAAAAGGAUUCUUCUGGAGAUGAAGCUCCCAAGAAGAAAAAACGCUGGUGCUCAUGCUUGCCCUGCUGCAAACCUAAAAAUGAUGAUGAGGAACCCUUUGUUGACCAAACAGAAGAGGAACAGGCAGACGGUAGUGAUACAUCAACAGACUACUCACAUGGUUACCAGUAUGACGAUGGGCAUGACGGACUUUCCCCAGCAGAAUCUCCAUGGAGAGAUGUAGAGAAGCAAGCCAUCCCAGAUGAAGCUAGUAUGGAGAGUUUUAGGGAGGGAGAGGAGCAAACUGUUACACUUGAUAAUCAGAUACUGCUACCAAAGGGUAAGGCGGCUCUAGUGAGGUUAGGUGUGACACUAGAAGAAGUAGAAGAGGAAGAAGUUGUUGUUGAUUAUGGACCUUAUCCAACUUCUUCAUGUAUAUGCAAUGCAAGAUCUUCGAAAGACCAAGAAACAGAAACAGAUCCUUUAUUGGCAAAUGUGUGUGCCUGUUCUCAAACUUUAACUCCAAGGAGGGUAGAGUUUAUUGGCUUACCCUUAGACCUUGACGAGGUCCACAGGCACAAAAACUUACCAAAUGAUUUUCCUUGUAUUUGCUCGGAUUCGGAUAAUACUGGAGUCCUUAAAAGCACGAUGUCAACCAGCCCCAAGUCCGACUGCAAGUAUUGUAAAUGCGAAAAUUAUGAAAUUAGAUCCCAUGUUUCCGUUGGAACUGACACAGAAGAAGAGUUGAGGGACGUAGUUCCCCCUCUUGAUCUAUCAUUCCUACAGAAAGAAGAUGAAAAGUGCAGCUGUGAUAAUCCUGUUUUAAGCAGCAGAUUCAGCUACGUAACUUACCAGGAAAUAAAUGAAACCCCAAAGGCAUUAAGCAGUUCCCUGGAAUCCUCUUCUGUGAUAUCAGCGCUAGAAAACCCACCAUCUCUGAGUUCGGAAGACGCUUCUCCAGUAUUACGAAAUAGAAAAAUCAGAAGAAGCGAGAAAUUUAUUCUGGCUAAGUCUGUAAACAGUGCCGAAAGUUAUGAGCUAAGCAAAGCCCAGAAUAGAAAAGUCAGGGACUAUUAUGAGGCCACUAAAGGCCAAACUACAUUUGAAACUACUCGAGUUAAACCGAAAAGGAGAUCAAUCAGCGAUAUGUUUAAGAAUCUUCUGCCACAGCGCAAAAAGGAUCCCGAAUAUCUGCCGCUUUACCAAACAGAUAUUCCAGAGGAGAUUGAAAUACGAUCCUACAAUUAUAACGAGGAGAACUGGAAUACCCUCAGCCCAAACACUGAUUCACCAACAUACCCGUUUGCUACCCAACGAUCCCAAGAAACUUCUGAUGAAGAACAACAGUUACUAGGAGGAUCAAGGAUCAGAGGAGGAGAGUGCCAGGGUAAAAUAUCAAAGAGAAAUCGCUCCACAAGAGGAGUUAAACCCUUUGACGCAAAAAGUGAGUUCAUUCUAGGCCGCGCAAGGCUUAAGGACUUUACAACACUCUCUCUUCCACCCAAACCAAAGCCCGCUAAUAGCAAGGAACUUUUUACUCACUACUUUGGGAAUGCUAGUAAUCCCAUUCCCACUGGAGUAGAGUUACAAUCAAUGAACUCUGCUAAUCCGUCAGGAACCAAGAAGGAAAGUAGAAUCGUCGAAGAUCUUAAUUCUUCUGCGUCUCUUGACGAGCGUCCUGCCUCUGAAUCAUUUUCUUCUGAAAGCACUCUAAGCGAAUCUGUUUGCAAACAACUUUUUGGUGAUCCUCCGGAAGGUGUAUGUCAACGUAGAUGUGCAGAAGAUACUAAGCAAACUUCCAAAAUUAAAGGCCUAGAAGAAAACGAAGAAGAUAGAGAAGAGGAAGAAUCCGAAAAGCUGGACGAAAGGGAAGAAGAUCAACAAAGUGAGGAAGAAGCAGAAGCUCAGCCUAGCGAGAAAUCUCAAGCUAACGGAUAUAGUCAAGAGAGUAUCGUUUCAGCGGUGCAACUAAAAGAAACACAUUCCUCCCGUUUAUCGUCACGAAGCAAGGGAAGUAAGGCAUCAGUAAGGAGCAAAGUACCCUCGGACAUUUCCGAAGCUUCAUCACAAAAAGUUCCAUUAAAAACUGAAAGUACACAGCAUCAGCUUCUGUAUAAAGACGAUAAGACCGAGAUAAGCCUUGUCCAGAAAUUAGACUCAGAUAAAUCGAGCAGACCAGAAAUUGCCAUUCCGGUAAGAUCCGGUCCUCCGAUUAAACUGAAAAUAUCACUCAAUAACACUAUUAUUCCAGUAGAAGAGGCUGAAGAUAUUGCCAUGAAAUCACCAAAGAGUCAAGAUAAAAUCACAGAAACCAAUGACAGUUUCCCACUUCACUGGAGUCCGUCUGAUGGCCGAAAUGGAAAAUUGAUCAUUUCAAAUGAUAAAAGGGUGCAAACUUCUGAUAACGAUAUUUACAAAAGUUCUGAAGUGCCAGUAAAAGGUCUAGAAAAUAAAUGUUGUUUGCCUCAACCAAGAAGUGCCGCCGCUUUCUAUUCUAAUGACUUACCAGAAAGGGAUUCUAGUUGCAAACGGAGCAACUGUAAAAGUUGUUUAUCUACUCCCACAGGCUCACAUUCAGAUAAUCGCUAUGCAGUAACUAGUGGAGUCUCGACAAGCCAUAAUGAAGUUGCAUGCAAAAAUAUUACAUGCAACUGUACAAUUUGUCGAAGUAACAAAGAGUCUCGCUCAACUCAGGAUUAUUCAACAUCUAGACCAUACGUUUCACCACAAGAACCUGCAUCAUCUUGUAGAUUCACUGAAGCCACAUUACCAUAUAAUGUAACAUCAAGACCAACUCCUUGUGGCUGUUGUAAUUGUAACUCACCAAGAGUUCCUUCGCCGCCAACUUUCCAUGACCCAUAUUUUUAUGCCCGGAAUCCGUUCUAUAACACCCCUGCCUUUCCUCCGGUAACUACCAGUCUUGAAAUGCAAGAGUACCUACCCCCGCCACCGCCACCGCCUCCAAGAAUGCCUCUAAGAAGACUUGCACGUCCUCGUCCCCCACAGGGAGGUAGAUGUGUGGAACAGUGUACCUGUGGAAUGGCACAGAGUCACGAAGCAUAUGGUGAGCAGUACGACUAUUCCAAUCGUGGUUCCAGUAAUACUGCUGACUUACCUUAUCAAAAUAAUGAGGAGUAUUUGGAGUUGGUACAAGAACUACAAGAUACUUUACACACGAGAACGAGUAAUCGAGUCAAAAAAGCCAGAGAAGCAUUCGAAAAUCGAAGCAAACAAAAUAAACCUCUGGAAAAACCAGUCAUUAAUUACGAUGAAACGGACGAAAGUGAAGAACCAAUCAUGCGCAGGAUCGAUCAGUUGAGGACGGAUAGGAAAAUGUGUUGCGCUAAGGAGAAGUGCGGUUGUAAAAAGAAUAGUUAUCCUCCAAGGAGAUCGAGUGAUAGCGAAAGGUCAUCCUCUUGGAUGAUGGAUCCUGGAUCUGGCGAAUGGCAUCGAAACGGAAAGCAAUCACGGCGCAGGCGUCAAGAGGAGCAGGAGGAUGAAUGUGAGUGUAAUUGCACUUGUGAAUGUCAUUGUUGAAUAAAGUGUCUAUGUUUUGA